AAAAUUCAUGAAGAAACGAUCCAAUUCAUCAAGAUACACAAUGAGUAUCGUAUCCAUACAAUCUUGCACUUCUCGACAAAUCUAAUAUCUUUCGUUAUUCUAAGUGGUUAUUCCUUUUGGGGUAAGGAGAAGCUUUUUAUUCUGAAUUCUUGGGUUCAAGAAUUCCUAUAUAAUUUAAAGAUUACUCGCUCCAUAUCUGUCUCACUCAUGAUAUAUAUAAUAACUAGGGCAUCCAUUUCAAGUGCAUAUCCGAUUUUUGCCCAGCAGAAUUAUGAAAAUCCACGCGAGGCAACCGGGCGUAUUGUAUGUGCCAAUUGCCAUUUAGCUAGUAAGCCUGUGGAUAUUGAGGUUCCACAAGCGGUACUUCCCGAUACUGUAUUUGAAGCAGUUGUUAAAAUUCCUUAUGAUAUGCAACUAAAACAAGUUCUAGCUAAUGGUAAAAAGGGAGCUUUGAAUGUGGGAGCUGUUCUUAUUUUACCCGAGGGCCCCAAUAAAAAAAAUAUUCUUGUGAUAGGUCCUGUUCCUGGUCAAAAAUAUAGUGAAAUAACCUUUCCUAUUCUUGCCCCAGACCCUGCUACUAAUAAAGAUGUUCACUUCUUAAAAUAUCCUAUAUACGUAGGUGGAAACAGGGGAAGAGGUCAGAUUUAUCCUGAUGGUAGCAAAAGUAACAAUACAGUUUAUAAUGCUACGGCAGGAGGGAUAAUAAGCAAAAUUUUACGAAAAGAAAAAGGGGGAUACGAAAUAACCAUAGCGGAUGCAACGAAUGAAUGCCAAGUUAUUGAUAUUAUCCCUCGAGGCCUAGAACUUCUUGUUUCAGAGGGCGAAUCCAUUAAACUCGAUCAACCAUUAACGAGUAAUCCUAAUGUGGGUGGGUUUGGUCAGGGGGAUGCGGAAAUAGUACUUCAAGAUCCAUUACGUGUUCAAGGUCUUUUGUUUUUCUUAGGAUCGAUUGUUUUGGCA